GCGCGGCGCCCCGGAAGUGGAAGCCGGCGCUGCGCUGCCUUCCAUUCUCUCUCAGCCCGCGGCGCGCACGAGGUGUUCCCGCGUGGGCCUGCGUUUCUCGGGCCGCCGCCGCGCGCCCCGUCGCCAUGAGCCUGCCCCUCAACCCAAAGCCCUUCCUCAACGGGCUGACGGGGAAACCGGUGAUGGUGAAGCUGAAGUGGGGGAUGGAGUACAAGGGCUACCUCGUCUCCGUCGACGGCUACAUGAACAUGCAGCUUGCGAACACAGAAGAGUAUAUCGAUGGUGCGCUGUCUGGACACCUGGGGGAAGUUUUGAUAAGGUGCAAUAAUGUUUUGUACAUCAGAGGCGUGGAAGAAGAGGAAGAAGAUGGAGAAAUGAGAGAAUGAUGUUUUGUAUGUCUGGAAAUAAAGUUUUUUCUUUUUUUUUUUUUUCUUUUCCACAACUUUGUAA